GCGGCGCCCAGUGUCCGCCCCGGCCCGCCGCCCGGGCACGGCCCGGCUCGGCCGCCCCUGUCGCCGCCGCCGCCCGGGAGCAGGUGGAGUGGCCCCACAAGACCCAGCAGGUCCUGACUGGUGACAAACAGCUGUCAUGAUCUCUACAGCACCUCUCUACAGUGGGGUGCACAACUGGACCAGUGCUGAGCGGAUUCGCAUGUGUGGCCUCAACGAGGAGAGGAGAGCCCCGCUUUCUGAUGAGGAGUCUAACACGAGCAGCUCCCAGCACUUGGGGUCUCAGGAGUUUUGCGUUGGCAGCAGCCUUUCCAAGGUGGAGCUCACAGCAGUCAGCAGUAGUGGCAGCAAUGCCCAGGGGCUGGAUGCAGAUGGCAGUGUGGAGGAGAAGCUGGGGCCUAAGCUGGAAGAACAGCCACCUGAUCCGAAACCAAACUCAGAGUGUAUUGGGAAUGUGGUGAAAGAUGAUGCUGUGCCAUUUCCUCUGGCAACUCAGGAAGAUGACAGAGGGUUGGAGCCUGCAAUCUCAGCAGCUUCAGAUGAGAACAACAGUGGGAUCAACCCGACACCCACAAGCCUCCCUUCUGACAAACAGGCUGAAGGGUCUCCUGCCUGCCCAAAGGCUCCAGACAGUGAGCAUGCCGAGAAAGAGAAGAGCACACUCAGUGCUGGAGCACAGGGGGCAGGAGUAUCUGCAGUGGGGACCCCAUCUUUGGUUGCUUCCAGUUGCAGCACUCCUGCCUCCAACCCAGCCACCUUCACCCUGAAUAGAGUGUGUUUUCCCACAUCUCAGGCUCCUGCUAUGCAAAAAAUGCCCCUGUCCUUUCAACCUGGGGCAGUUCUAACACCGAGUCAGCCCCUUGUAUACAUCCCACCCCCCAGCUGUGGGCAGCCACUUAGUGUGGCUACGCUUCCAACCACCCUAGGGGUCUCUUCCACACUCACCCUUCCAGUCCUGCCCUCAUACCUGCAUGAGCGCUGCCUGCCGGGGAUUAUUGCACCCCCAGAGCUGCACUCGUAUCCCUAUACCUUUUCUGUGGCCAGACCCUUAGCUCCAGACUCCAAAGUGGUGCCUGUGGAGGUAAACCAGCUAAGCUGCUCUUCCCCUUCAGCUGGAAGUGGUACUCAGCCUGCUGCUGAAGGCCCUUCCCCUGCCACAGAUGGCUCUUCCCUUCCUCCCAGCCAGCCUUCCCUGCCUGCAUCAUGUGGAAGUGCAGCCCCACCAUCAGGCACUGUUCUGCACACCAGGGCCCCAGGGGCUCCAGAGCAGCUUGCCCAAGGAGCUACGACUUCUCUUUCACCAUUGAAAUCCCCCCCACAGCUGGAGCGUGAGAUGAUCUCUUCCCCAGAGUGCAGUGAGAUGCCCCUUGAUCUGUCCUCUAAAUCCAACCGCCAGAAGUUGCCUCCACCAAGUCAGCGCAAAACACCUCCCAUGCCCAUCCUUACUCCUGUGCACACCAGCAGCAAGGCACUGCUCACCACAGUCCUGUCCAGGUCCCAGCGAGCAGCCCAGAGCACAGGCAGCAAUGUCACUUCAUGUCUGGGCACCACCCCUCCCUUUGUAAUUUUCCCCGAGUUCCUGCGUAAUGGGGAACAGGGCUCCUGGGUGAAAAACUCCACCACACUCAUUAGCACCAUUCCAGGCACCUACGUGGGGGUGGCAAAUCCAGUACCAGCAUCUCUGCUGCUUAGCAAGGACUCUAAUGUUAACUUCAGCAGGGACCCACAGCAUCUCCCUAAACAGGAACCCAUUUCCAUCAUUGAUCAGGGAGAGCCCCGAAAUGCUGGGCUACCCUGUGGGAAGAAAUCCAGCCAGGUUAGUUUGGAGGUACAGCAGGACCCAACUAGGCGAUUCCUUCAUGGCAGAGUCACUCCAGGGGCAUCAUUGUGCCAAUCCAAGGAACUGUCUCCUUGGAAUCCUGGUCAGGGAAGUGUUUAUCCCCGAUGCCCAGUAAAUGGGAAACCUACUAGUCCUCAGCUUCUGCCUGUUGGGUGGUCUCCUUAUCACCAGACCCCUCUGCUUUCAAUUGGCAUCUCUACACCUGGACAGCUGCCCCCAAAUCAGAGUGGCCCCUCCAAACCAUCCAGUGCUGGUGAACUUCCCACAUUUCCCAGCAUGCAGCCUGCAGAAUCCAGCACAGCAGCCUCCAAGGCUCCUGAGGGGCUGCCCAGGCUUCCAUCUCUAGACCAGGAAGCCCAGUCCAAGAGCAAGAACUGCAGGGCCUUGUCCAAGCUCUAUGAGGAGCCUUUGAAUCCAGUUCCCAUGGGUACAGCUCUAUCUCCUCAAACCAAUGCUGUGGAUGCAAGGGGAGAAAAGGGGAGACCAGAAAGCCCUUCAAGGAGCCAGGAGUAUGGUGAACCAAAGGCUGAAUCCAGCAGUGAAAGCAGUGGACAAACUGAGGUUCCCCAGGGGAGCUGUAGCCUCAAACAGGUAGAUGCAAAACCUAAAAGUCAAGUAUUAGCUGCCUAUUUGUCACAUGACCUGCCCAUAGCCAAUCAGCAGAGCCUGCGAGCAUCCUAUGAGCUGCCUGUGACACCUGUGGAGGGACACCACAAGGAUGUGGACUGUGAGGCAUCCUGGGAGCAACCAGCCUCUGAGGCCCCACAGUGCAUGCACCAGGUGGACCUGUGCAGGGUCAAGAAGGAGCGAGCAGAAUGUGACAUGCCAUUCACUUCUGUGGCUUGUGUGCAACCUGGGGCCAUUCCCAAGGGCUUCACUGAUGCCAAAUUCAAAGGAACGGGCCAAAUUAAACAGGAGGUCAUCAUACAUUGCAAGUCCAAACGGCAGCAUGAUGGGCCAGCCAAAGAGGCCCACAAGAGACUGAAAUGCAGAGCCCAAGAUGGAGAGGAGACUCCAAGCAAGCCAGGGAGCCGAAACCUGCAUGGACGCAAGUGGCGAAAGCAUCAUGAUGACCUGCAUGACAGCAGCAAACGAGAAAGCCGGGUAGGCCUGGCAUCAGUGAAAGAGCACAACAGCCUCAGGGUGAAGCGCAAACGCAGGAGGCCAGCAAAAACAGGGGUUCCAUCAUCAGGCCAUCAUGGGGACAACAACGAGGAAGGUUACCUUGAGAAGAAACCCAAGAACAAUUUCCGGGACUUCAUCCCAGUUGUUCUGAGCAGCCGGACACGCAGUCAAUCAGGAAGUGCUGGUGGCUCCUCUGCUAGCAUGACAGGAGAAUGUGAUGUGACCGGCCAGGAGAUCUUACCACUGCUGGAGGAUGAGCAGGAGGAGGAGGAGAAUGAAGAGGCAGAGCCAUCCUUGAAACACCGCAAACUGAGGAAAUCCCAUAGGACUUCUCGUUAUCACAGCCGCAGAGCCAGAGACCAGUCUCUAUCAGAGAGAAGUAGCUGCCACCUGAGGAGGACUCGGGAGCUGCCAUGGAGAGUGGAGUCACCGAGACAGCUAUGGGACCUCAAUGAGGAGGAAGAGGAGGACAGCCACAUCAAGAGGAAGAAGAGGAGACGGCAGAAAAGUCGGAAAUACCAGACGGGGGAGUACUUGACUGAACGAGAGGAGGAGGAACACAUGAGCCUCUCCCACAAGAGGCGGAAAUUGAAAGCAGAUUUCAGGUACCGAAAGCAGAAGGACUCUGUACAAGGCAAAGGCACAGGGCUGCGAUUGAGAAGCAGGCUUUCUCCAUCCUCUCUGAAGUCCCAAGGGCGCCCAGAUUUCCGAAACGGCUUCCUUCUUGAUCACCCAGACAACUCCUCCAUCCAGGAAGCACUAGAGAAACCAUCAGGAAAACGCAAAUGCAAAACCAAACAUCUGGCAGGGCUCUGUGAGGAGGGGAAGGUGAAAGGGCGAUGGAAUCAGCCCAAGCUGCGCUCUUUGAAAAAGUCCCCAGAGCUCUGGUCACUCUGUAAGUCACAGCGGGUCAGCCCAGAGAGCUCCUCUGAACUACCUGUGUCCCAGCAUGUCCCUCCUGAAGCUCGGCGGCUGAUUGUGAACAAGAACGCUGGGGAGACUCUCCUUCAGCGAGCGGCACGGCUUGGUUACAAGGAUGUGGUGCUAUACUGCCUCCAGAAGAAGAGCAGUGAUGUGAACCACCGUGAUAAUGCUGGCUACACUGCCUUGCAUGAAGCCUGCGCACGAGGCUGGAUUGAUAUCCUGCACAUUCUGCUGGAACAUGGAGCCAAUGUGAACUGCAGUGCUCAGGAUGGCACAAGGCCUGUGCAUGAUGCAGUGGCAAACGACAACCUGGAAACCAUGUGGCUUCUACUCUCAUAUGGUGCUGAUCCCACUCUUGCUACCUACUCCGGGCAGACAGCCAUGAAACUGGCUACUAGUGAAGUGAUGAAACGCUUCCUUAGUGAUUACCUCUCAGAUCUCCAAGGUCGCACUGAUGGGGACCCUCAAACAGCAUGGGACUUCUACAGCAGCUCUAUACUUGAGGGAAAGGAUGGGAUUAGCUGCGACCUUCUGCUCAAUCCUCCUGGAAAUUCGGAUCAAGAAGAAGAAGAAGAAGACUCUGACACAUUCAUGUUUGAGUUCUCAGACAAGCCUCUGCUUCCCAGCUACAACCUCCAAGUGUCAGUUUCCCGAGGAGGGGCAUUGUAGAGAUGGAAAAAGCCAAGGCAAGAACAGAGAGAAAGCUGUCAUGUGGAAUGGGAGAAUUCCAUACAAGAGAAUCAAAAGGUAUGCACUAUAUGAUUUAGAAAGGAAAUAAGGCAGGGGUUUAUAAAAGAAUGAAUGAUGCCAGUAAGACCAAAAUUCACUGUGGGUUUGAGUUUCUGUCUUCAACUUUUGCCAAACAGCAGUACCUAGGCCUUGCAUACACCAGGAAACUUGUCCUGGGUUUUUCCUCUGUUGUGGCACUUGUCACUGUUUGUAUCCAACUGUGGUUGUACCAGCAACAAUUAUGUAGACACCACGCUGGGCUGCUGCUCUUUUUCCUCCUUAAGUACCUCACAUUCUAAUUACGCUCUGAGCUACAAACACAGUGCUUGCUCCAUUGGUGGGAGUGCCAGAACUGACAGUAAACUUGAAGUGGCCUUAUUGGUAGCCAUGGGGGAGGGGAGGCAAAGCAUUCUAGUGCAAACCAGGCCUCUGAACACUUAGCUUCUAUUUCUCCCUCUGUAAAAUGCAGCCAAUAUAUCACCUAAAAGUUUGUGGAGGGGUCUUGUGCACCACAGACUGCACCAACUCUGGGGGGUCAGUGAAGGCUCCUUAGUUAUAGAUGCAACUAGGUAUCUUUUAUAGUCAAGGUCCUGUCUGUCUGUGGCAAACUAGACAAUUUUGCAGCAUGAGUCCUGGAGUCUCUUCAUCAUCGCUUGUGCACUUGUCAAACAACUAGACUUCCAAAGUCAUCAGAGAUGACUAGAAAGCACUGAUGGUAGCUUGUGGCACUGGGGAAGAUAAUCUGAGACUAUGAGAUAAGCACAUUAGCUGGGUGGGUGUCUGUUAAAAUUAUCAACAUUAAAUUUACUGACAAGGUGAGUGUUGGCCAUCAUUUUGAGUUUUGGUUGUGAUUGUGCUCCACUGAGGUGAAUGAGAUAUUCAGGCCACUAAAUUCUUGCUCAGCAGUAAGUUCUCCUUGACUGAAGAAUCACAACAUAAUGUAGAACACUUUGAUAUUCUCAGGCUAUCGGUGGUGGUGAAAAGAACUCCACUGAAACAUUCUCUGACUGCCAGCAGGAGGCCUGUUUUGCUUAAACUGAAAAAAAAGACAUGCAAGAUUAAGAAUGUAGAAAUGAGCACUCCUCUUCCCUCCUUCUUAGAAGAAUGCAAAUCUUUACACACUUACACAUUCCUAGCUGCUUGAAUGGGCAUACAUUCAUGCAUAGGAUAGAUGGCUGUGUAGAAGAAUACUUCAACUCCAAAUCCCACUGUAUGGCUCAUCACCCAGUGGGUUACUGCUGAUGCAGGAGCACUUACAAGUGGCCACAUUUAAUGUUUAACUUCCACUUGGGCAAAAGCUGAUUUUGGUAGUUUGGAUGCAAGUAAAUCUGACACAUGCAGCAUACUCAUUUUGGAGCCCAGAUUGGGGUAGAAGCUGGGAAUGAGAUACUCCAAGGCUCCAUCCAUUUGCAAUGCCUGAAUGAGAUGCUGUAGAACUGUUGCUUGUUUUUCUUUGACUUUUAAUUAGCACUGACCUAAAAAGGAUAUUUAAAAAAAAUUAGGCCUCUCCUGCUGUGAUGUCCACUUACUUUAUAAGGUAAAGGAAGGGCUGGAAUGUGGGGGAUUUAUGUUCUUUUUUCUUUGCUUUCUGCACACAACAGGUUGUAUCAAUUACUAGAAUGAGUUGAACUCUGAAAUAGCUGAAUGUUGAAGGCCUCAGGUAUAGACACUCUUGAUGCUGAUCUGAGCCCUAGGGCCUUAGCUUGAGUGUCCAUGCUUGAGGUUUGCAAGAAUUAGAAUAAACCAGCUUCUAAACCUAUUUAAUUAUGGUGUGAUUUUUAUUAUCAUCAUUAUUAUUACAAAAGUGAAAAAUACCUCAUUUUCAGUUUUUCAGCUUUCAGUUUCUGAAGUUUUGUAACUUCACUGUUUUGCUAAUUCUUCUGUCAUCCUAAUGCCUUUCUGCCUUAACAGUUCUUAAUUGCUCAUGUUUAAAAGAAAGCAGAAAUGAAAACCCAUGUGUGGGGAAGAGGGAGACAUUUUAGGCUCUGCUGAUGCAUCAUAAACAAACCACAAAGGGCACAAGCCCCACUGACCCGUGACAACUGCUGCAGACGUUAUUUAUCAAAUGCAUACAGGGUAAAACAGUCAGUAACAGUUUGGGAAGGGCCUUGACUGAGUCUCAGCCCAUAUAGUGGUUAGCAGAGGAAAGUGCCAUGAGAAGCUGAUGACAUUUCGGGACAGCCACUACUGGCUAACAAGAUUUACCGUCUAUGGCUUCUGGAUUCUUGAUCACUCAUGAUUUCAUAGGGAGCAUCAAUGAGAAUUAACCAAAAGGGCCCACUGCGGAGGGGCACUUUGCAACUCCCAUAAGAGGAAUCUUAGAGGCUCUGACUAACUGCAGGGACCAAAUGCCCAGAGAGAGCUGUGCUUUCUGAGCAGAUAGUUUCUUUAAGCCACCGUAGAGCUUGGUGAGCAGCUGAAGGAGUGUGUGAGGCACUCUGGGCAGGGAGCUGUUCUGUGGAAUUUGGUCACCAGAAUCUUGGGCUUCUGACUUGUAAGUUUCAUCCUUUUGGCACAGUGUUUUGCCAGUACUGCCAAUGGCUUAUACAGAGAGAGAACCUGUUCUAGAUUGUCUGUUGGGGGAGGCUGCAUUUUCUUUAUCAGGUGAAUGCAGAAGCAGCAAGUCCCAACUACAUGAAAACCAAUAUGCAGGAUUAUUCCUUGGGGCUUUGUGACAUGGGAGUGUGCAGUGAACUCCUCCUUUCUGGGAAGGGUGAGGUGGGUACUGGACCCUGGGAGUGAGGACAUAUGGAUUUGAAGAUGAGCAGGGAACAGUUUUGGUAGCACUAGGAAGGUGGGACUUGGGGUACUUGUCCUUCUCCUUUUUGGAUUCUCUAGGUUUGCUUGUAGCAGGGAGGCAUGAUGGGGCACGGGCUGGCAUGUGACUGCCCCAAGGGCAUUUGGUUACAAAGUGUACCUGCACGCAGGUAGCUUAGCUAGUGGCUUCUUGUACCUGCGGAGGGCUACACCCAUGGGGUUGAGAUCAGGCCUGGCUUUUCAAACUAGAAAGCCUAGGCCCUGACAUUGUUGGGGUUGAAAGGGGGGUGCAGAAUUCAUUCUUUUAACAUGUCUCUUCCUGCCC